AUGUCCAAGGCUCCUCCCAGGUUCUCUGUCCGGAUUCCGCCAGCCAGGCGUCCUAAUCGUCCCGCACCGGCACCUUCUCAAGCACCUACUGACACCGUCCCUCCCCGGCUACAGCCCAGGUCGACACCGGCAGUUCCUUUGAUCAGCGCUGCAACGUCCGCUUCCAAUUCUUCGCGUCGCGUGCCUCCGCCUUCCUCCUCUGGCGCAGCCUCCGAGCUGGAUCGAAGCUCGUCGCCAGAACACCCGGAGGAGCCGAGGGUGGAGGAAAGCUCGGAGUUAGACAACGGCAGAGCCCGCGGUAGAAAACGUACCAUUGACGCGAUCAAUGAUGCACUAGACAGCAUGCGAGAGAGAGGGUCAAAGCGGCCCACAGUCAGCGAUCGUACUUCUCCGCUUCAUCCUUACCUCCACGCGUCACGCUACAUUCCUCGAGUCGUCCCCGCUGUCCUCUUCUACUCCUUCAAGGCUAUCAUCUACGUUGGCAUGGAGGAGUACGGGCGUACCCUCGACCUGCAUGAGGACGACGAUCCUGCGUUCAUGCCAGCAGAUUCCGAGAACGACGAAGCGACGAAAAGCUGCAUGCUCUCCGCCUACAACCACAUCAUGACGCUCCUGCCGGGCUUCGCAGAGUGUCUUCAAGAGAUGCCCGAGCACAACAUCAAGUCUCUCAUCAAGGAGAUGGAAAAGAUCAUGGGUGGCGUGCGUAGCGAUGACACGAACUUAUGCAGGUCGCUCGUCCUUGAAGCAAUUCUCAAGAAUCCGCGCGAAGACAAACUCGACCCGAUGCUCCUUCCGGAGGACGACAAGGAUCUGCGCGGGUAUAACCAUCCCCAGUUCGCUCGCCUGCUCAUCCCCCAUGCAUUCUACAAUGCUUUAGUCAACCCAGAGACGUACCAUGAGACGAAGGAAGCGAUCGAGGCACACGAACUCGAGCUCGGCAACGAGUCUCUCUCGAUGAUUUUGUGGGACCCGGAGCAGUACGACCUCGAAGACGAGGAGAAGGGCAUGAUGAGGAGUCCACUCCUUGUGCGCCUGUACCGUGCAAUAUUUUUCGGGAAGAAGCACACCUGGAAGGCUCCAAGCUCCCUACCGCCGCGGAGCUACGCCAAAGUGCACGGGCACAAGCGCGUGACUGGCCCAAGCAUUGCCUAUGUGGCCAUGCAGGCGCGGUUCGCCUGUUCGGCAGUAGCAGAAUGGCAAUUCGAAGACUCCGACAACUGGAACAUGCACGUCUUCUACAAGAACAUCGUCGAAAUCCUGGAGCAGGACGAAGAUGAUCCCGACGAGUGGGUCGAAGAGACUUUCCGCUGGUGGAAUAUUCAAAUAUACGGCAAACCCGAGGGCUUCGAAGACGACAAGCCAGUCACCCCCGAUGAGGUCAGCAUCGAGCUGAAGGGGGCUCGCGCGCGUCGCCGGGCUCGCGCAGUCAAGCGCGCUGCUGCCAAGCGUGCUUCCGCUGCCACCUUUGUACUCGCGUUGCUCUCUUAUCGUACCGGCUCUUGCGUGUGUCUCGAGCAAGAAGUCGCGCAGGAGUGGCUCCCGCUGCAUAUCAUGGCCCUCGUUGCGCCUCUUCCCGGAGCAUACGCUGUAGUAACGCUCGACCCUCACACCACCCUCAGAUUAGUCGGCGUCUCUGACGACCCGAUCGCAGAGGCAGAGUGCAGACAUAUGGUGUGCGGCAAGUACAUCGCAUGUAUCACCAAGCCCCGCAACGACUUCGACAUGUUGUUUUCCCAUUGUGCCUUCGAUAUCGACUUUGUCGUACAAGGUCUUCUUCCAGACGAUCCUGCCACGUUCUAUCACCACGCAAUGUCUGUCCCCAUUGCUCCCAACACCUUUCAUCCCACAGGGCGCCGCUCAACGAAGGCGCUUCCUCCUCUUCCCUGGAACGAUUGCUAUCACACGUUCCCUUUCCAUCUCGAGGGACGUUGCGCUGUCAUUAGGUCUAGGGACUAUCCUCAAAGCUGUAUCUCGGCUAGAGAGGCGUCCAUACUAUGUGGUUUCAUGAGGAACGACGACAACCACGUGUAUGACCAGGAGAAGGCGCGCGACAAUGGCGCCCCCCUCUCUACUUCGCCGAUCCCCGAGAUCGCCUCCGACGUUCAGUUGAUGAUCAAGUUUGCCGAUGAGCUCCCUCCAACUACGACGCCCUGGUGGCACAAGAUCGUCAAAGUGACGGCCCUUCAGGACGAGCACUUGGACUCACUCGCCGACGCUCCUCAGGGUACACGUGUAAAGGACCAGGUGGAGUUCAGUCCACCGUCUGAGGAGCUUUCCCCAUUCCUUCGGUUUACGUACGACCUGUCGAGCUUCGACAGUCCACCCCAUCCGUCGGGCUUCAUCAAGGAGCUCAAAGAGCUCAGAGGGAUAUACCAGCGCCAUUUGGAUCGCCGCCACAACGAGCUCAAUGACCAUAUCGAGCAAGCCAGGGAGAUCGACGAGGCCCAUAUGGCGGAGCUCAAGGCGAAGGGUCUUCGUGUCGAAGGCCAGCAGAAGCCGCGUGGGCGCAGUUUCCGCCGUCUCACUCGGCACUACGCUGAACUUGUUGUGGCGCGCAAUGCCCGCCUGAAUGUACCGAAUGCUGUGUUGCUGUACAUCUGCUUAUUAUAA